AUGAAUAACUACAUAAUCAUCAACAGCAAGAGAAUCACAAGAUCAACAGAGGGUCUCACAAGAGCACAAUUCCCCAUGAAGUUAAUAAACCAUUUAAGUUGGAUCAAUUUAGUUUGGCUUCAGGAGCGAACAUUGUAG